UUUUUCUUUCUCUCUCUUUUUUUUUUUUUUUUUUUUAUUUAUUUAUUUAUUUAUUUAUUUACUUCGUUUUCAAUCUGAAUCACUUUAUCAUUCCAUGUGUCCUAUUCUUGCUCUGGAUAGACAUACAAUCAGUAGCAUUCAUUCUGGACAAGUCAUAACAAGUAUCGAAUCAAUAGUCAAGGAAUUGCUAGAAAACUCAUUGGAUGCCAAAGCCAACAAUAUUGAUAUACGACUAGUGGACGAUGGUUUAGACACGGUAGAGAUUCGAGACGAUGGUUCGGGGAUCACAAAGACUGACUGUUGCAAUAUGGCUAGACGACAUCAUACUUCAAAACUAACGACUUUUUCUGACUUGGACAAUAUUUCAACUUAUGGAUUCAGAGGUGAAGCUCUUAGUUCUAUCUGUGAAUUAGCUGAAGAAGUAUAUAUUACAACUAAGACUGAACAAGACAAAGUGGCUACGUGUUACAAACUCGAUCGGAAAGGUGGCAUAAAAAGCGAAAACACUGCUGGAACAAUGUAUCGUUCUGGAACCAUGGUAUCAAUUCACCGACCAUUUGUCAAUUUACCAGUACGACGACAGGUUGCAGAAAAAGCUAGAACAAUCUCUAUUAAGCGGAUUCAAGAAUUAGCAAUUAAAUAUGGUUUAUCUCACCCUUUCCUUCGGUUAUCACUACAUCAACUACAUAGUACUCUUGGUCAACUACGGAAACAACCAACUUGGGUUAAACCUAGUACAUCUAGUCUACUUGAAGGUGUCCGCAUCAUAUAUGAUUCUACCUUGGCUUCAAUGGUGGAAGAAUGCUCCUUGGAAGAAAGUUUUGAUCAACAACUGGAACCUGAUGUAACAUCAUCACCGCAACCGAUACGAUUACAUUGUCUUUUACCUUCAAAAUUAUCAGAUCCUUCAUAUAUCUUCAAAGGCGAUCGUGUAUUUAUAUAUGUUAAUAAACGUCCUAUCAAUUAUGCCAAAUCUGAUCUAAAGGAAAUGGUGGCUAUGGUUCGUCGACGGUACAAACGAACCCUCGAUCUUGAUGAUGAUGUCAGAAAAGUUCCAUUUAUGUACAUUGAUGUCCAAACUGGUUUUGGUGACUAUGAUGUGAAUAUUGAACCUGACAAAAGCGUUGUGAUGCUUCUCCACAAAGAUCGUAUUUUGACUUUGUUUGAAGAUCUCCUUGAUAGAAUCUAUGGCUCCUUUUUCUCCCAAAAUCGUCAAAACGAAGUUCUUGAAAAGUAAGGAAUGAAAAGACAGUCCAAUAUUGUAUAUUAAUUAUAUAUUUGAUUCAUACUUGUAAUACUAUAGUACCUCCUAUCGCGAUGACAAUACGUAUCAAGAAGUGCCUUCCCAAUCUCCUAGAGUCAUUGAUUUUGAUCAUGCUCAAUCACCAACUCCUCACCAUAUACAGUCGUCAACAGGAUUUGAAAAUCAAUAUAAAGGAGAUUAUAUUGAUGUUAUUCCCCCAGCAACCCACGCCUUGAUC